AUGGAUAGAGCUAAGGAGGCUAAUGCUAAAGCCUUUGUUGAUGAUUCAACAAAGUAUUCUGAGGUAUUUGAUAUCAUUGAUAAGAGGUGGCAAGAUCAGCUUCAUCGGCCUUUGCAUAAUGUAGGAUAUUACCUUAAUCCUGCAUUUUUCUAUGAUCAUCCAAACAUCCAAGGAGAUGACGAAGUUAUGAAAUGUCUUUAUCAAGUCAUUGAGAAGAUGGUGCCCACACAAGGCCAAGACAAGAUUGAUAGGCAGUUGGAUAUAUAUAUAGGCUUGUUGGGGGGUCUUUUUGGUAUAAAGAUAGCUAAGAGAAACAGAAAGAAGAAGUCUCUAAUUGAUUGGUGUGAGUCUUAUGGUGCAUCAGCACCAGAGUUGCAGAAGCUUGUUAUACACACCAAGAGGAGGAAUAUAUUGGAUCAUAAGAGGUUGCAUGAUCUUUACUACAAGUACAACCAAGCAUUGAAGGAGAGAUUUGACUGUAGAGAUUCUAUUAAUCCAAUUAAGUUGGAUGAUAUAGAUGAAAGCAAUGAGUGGUUGUUAGGACAGUUCGGUGAAGGUAAAAAUGCAAAGAAUGACUUGGUGAAGGGCUAUGGUAUUGGUUCAUCAUCGAGGAGGAGGGAGCCAGUUUCUGAGUCGGAAGAUGAAGAGGAGUUUAAUGAUGAUGAGGAGGAGACUGGAGAGGAGGAUAUUCCCUUUGAAGGGGAUGAUGAUGAUGUUAAUGAGGAUGAUUAG